AAUUUGAAAAAUUUAUUCUAAGGCUAGACUAAUUAGAUAGUUAAUUAGAUUGAUUAAAUGCUAAUGUCAAAUGCUCAGAGGAAUAGGUUCUGUUGAUUAAUGAGAUCAAAAAGGUAAAAAUAAAUCAAAAAACACUAUAAUUUUGCAAUUUAUUUGGUUAGCUUCCAACCUUCAUUGUUUAUUUUUGAGUUUCACUACCAAGUCAAUGAAUUAUAAUUAUAAUAGAGACCUUGAUAUGUGAAUUACAUUCUGCAGAUUCAGCAAUUGAUUUUGAUUUGUUAAUUACGAAAACAAAUUAAUAAUCAUGGAGUUGCCUAAGCGAUAACAUUUAAUUUACUUCAACGUGAUUUUAUUUCUUAACUGAAUUAUCCAUUGAAAAUCCAUUGUUCAGGAGCUUGAAUCGUAAUGAUUAUGUAUUAUUUUUAGUGUAAUGUAUAAAUUAUUCAGCAUCAGUUAUUCAACAAUUGUAUCAAUUAAUCUUUGAAUAAAACAGCGUUCAUCGCAUGGAAUCAGUGCUAAAGUAAACUAUUGAAAUUAUUCAAUCAAAAUGACCUAUUUCUAUUCCUUACUUGUUGUAUUAAAAAUAGACAAUUUAAAAUAUUCCAAGCAAUCAAAAUUACAAAGGUAUAAAUAAGGUACUGAUAAAGCUCAUAAAGUCAGUCAGCUACAAGAUUGAAUUCACUUCUCUUGAGUGUUUACUUCAACAUGGCACUUACACAUUUGCGAAUGUUUUGUUUGGUAACCGUUUUUUUCGUUUUAAAUUUGUGUAUUGUUAAUUGUGAGCCAAUUAGAGUGAACAAUCCUGAGGUGAGCUCAACAAAGCCCGAACACGAUGAAUCAAAGACGACUGAAUCGAAAGUUAAAGGUGACCACACGAAGCCUCGAAAUCUAUUUUAUCCUGGCAGUAAGUUGCUUGAAUAUUUUAAGUAAUUAUCAUCCCGAUUCAUGUCAUUAAUUUUUGUUCUGGUCAUGUAUUUUAUAGUAGACUAUUCCGGUUUAGCUUCUAGUUUAAUUCCUGGUUUAACUGCUGGUUAUGCUCCUGGUUUCAUUCCUGGUUUUGCUCCGGGAUUGGCUCCUGGUUUUGUUCCUGGUUUCCCUCCUGGCUUCGCGCCUGGUUUCGCUCCUGGUCUCGGAUAUGGUUAUGGUUAUGGUAAUGGUUACCCCAUCGGUGGUAUUGAAUAUAUUGACCAAUUCUUUCCUUGACUAGAAUGACCAAAUUUCAAUCGGUGGUCCUUAUAUUUAUAACAUUAAAUUGCUGCUCUUAAUUGUCUACCAAUAAAUUCAACUUUACAUCGUUUUUUGUAUUC